CAUUGUCGGGAGAGGCACAUGUGGAAUUUUAGUGGCACAAAAGUAAUGCCAACGAACCUCUUCUCUUCUUGUUCUCGUGAUUCUCUCGCGCUUUCUUCCUAUAAAAUCCUAAUUGCCUAGAUUCUACCUUCAACGCUUCAACCCUGUUUUUCGGGUGCAUACCGCACACUAUCUGAGUUGCAGAGAUGGAGGAAUCGGUGGACCUACCGAGUCGGCUUGCGAUCCUUCCCUUCCGAAACAAGGUCCUCUUGCCUGGCGCCAUAAUUCGAAUUCGAUGCACUUCACCUAGCAGUGUGAAAUUGGUUGAGCAAGAGUUAUGGCAGCGAGAAGAGAAGGGAUUAAUAGGCAUUCUGCCAGUUCGCGACGCCACAGAGACAGCGUCUGUAAGCCCCUCCUUACCUCAAGGUGCUGGAAAUGACGCUGCAGAAAGAAGCUCAAAAACUCACGUUGUUACACCAGAAGCUCACAAGCUUGAUGGGAAGAACCUGCAAGAGGUUACCUACUGGCACAACAGGGGAGUGGCUGCUCGUGCUCUACAUUUGUCAAGAGGGGUGGAGAAACCAAGUGGGAGGGUCACAUAUAUAGUUGUGCUUGAAGGUCUUUGCAGAUUCAAUGUGCAGGAUCUUAGCACGAGAGGAACAUAUUAUACUGCACGUAUAGCUCCACUUGAUAUGACCAAGGCUGAGAUGGAGCAAGUGGAGCAAGAUCCGGAAUUUGUAACAUUGUCUCGCCAAUUCAAAGCAACUGCCAUGGAGCUUAUUACUCUUCUUGAGCAGAAACAAAAAACCGGUGGAAGGACAAAAGUUCUGCUGGAGACGGUUCCUGUUCAGAAAUUGGCAGAUAUAUUUGUUGCUAGUUUCGAGAUAAGUUUUGAAGAACAACUAGCUAUGUUAGACUCCGUUGAUCUGAAAGUGAGACUUUCAAAAGCCACUGAAUUGGUUGACAGGCAUUUACAGUCAAUACGUGUAGCAGAGAAGAUCUCUCAAAAGGUUGAAGGACAGUUGUCAAAAUCUCAGAAAGAGUUUCUUCUUCGCCAGCAGAUGAGGGCUAUAAAAGAGGAGCUUGGUGACAAUGAUGAUGACGAGGAUGAUGUUACUGCCUUGGAAAGAAAGAUGGAAACUGCUGGAAUGCCUUCAAAUAUCUGGAAGCAUGCGCAGAGGGAGUUGAGGAGGCUCAAGAAAAUGCAGCCUCAGCAACCAGGAUAUAACAGUUCACGUGUGUACCUAGAGCUUCUUGCUGAUCUUCCGUGGGAAAAAACCACUGAAGAACAGGAUCUAGACCUAAAAGGUGCAAGAGAACGACUUGACAGUGACCACUAUGGUCUAGUCAAGGUCAAGCAACGAGUUAUCGAAUAUCUGGCUGUUCGCAAGCUGAAACCUGAUGCAAGAGGUCCAGUAUUGUGCUUUGUUGGUCCACCAGGUGUUGGGAAAACAUCUUUGGCAUCAUCUAUUGCCGCUGCUUUGGGAAGAAAAUUUAUACGUAUAUCUCUUGGUGGUGUUAAGGAUGAGGCUGACAUUAGAGGGCAUAGAAGAACAUACAUUGGCAGCAUGCCUGGGCGUCUUAUUGAUGGAGUAAAGAGGGUAGGGGUUUGCAAUCCAGUCAUGUUGCUAGAUGAGAUUGACAAGACGGGUUCUGAUGUGCGUGGUGAUCCAGCUUCAGCCCUAUUGGAGGUUCUUGACCCUGAGCAAAACAAAACAUUCAAUGACCACUAUUUGAAUGUUCCAUUUGAUCUUUCAAAGGUGGUCUUUGUAGCAACUGCAAACAGGGUGCAGCCUAUCCCUCCAGCACUCUUAGACAGGAUGGAAGUCAUCGAGCUGCCUGGAUACACUUAUGAAGAAAAGCUUAAAAUAGCAAUGCGACAUUUGAUUCCUCGGGUUCUGGAUCAGCAUGGUUUGAGUUAUGAGUUCCUUAAAAUACCAGAGGCUAUGGUGAAACUCGUCAUUCGGAGGUACACCAGGGAGGCUGGCGUUAGGAAUUUAGAGAGGAACCUGGCUGCAUUGGCACGUGCAGCAGCAGUGAGAGUUGCAGAGCAAGGUCAAGCUGUCCCACUCAGCAAAGACGUUCACCAGCUUGCUCCACCACUACUGGAAAAUAGACUUGCUGAUGGAGCUGAAGUGGAAAUGGAAGUUAUUCCUAUGGGUCUAAACAAUCAUGAGAUAUCAAAUGCAUUCAAGAUUGCCAUGCCUUUGAUUGUUGACGAGGCUAUGCUGGAAAAAGUAUUGGGGCCUCCAAGAUUUGAUGAUACAGAAGCUGCAGAACGUGUUGCAACUCCUGGGGUGUCGGUGGGACUUGUUUGGACCUCUUUUGGUGGAGAGGUUCAGUUUGUUGAAGCUACAGAAAUGGCUGGGAAGGGUGAAUUGCAUCUGACAGGACAACUUGGAGAUGUAAUUAAAGAAUCAGCGCAAAUCGCAUUGACAUGGGUUAGAGCUAGGUCAAGAGAUCUUAUGUUGGCAUCUGCUGCGGAAGUCAAUCUUAUGGAGAGUCGGGAUAUUCAUAUACAUUUUCCUGCUGGAGCUGUGCCCAAAGAUGGGCCAUCUGCUGGUGUAACCAUGGUGACAGCUCUGGUUUCGCUGUUGAGUCAGAGACGUGUAAGAGCAGAUACGGCAAUGACUGGGGAAAUCAGUUUAAGGGGUCUUGUGCUGCCUGUUGGUGGUAUCAAGGAUAAGAUAUUGGCAGCUCACCGGUUUGGUAUCAAAAGAGUCAUUAUUCCGGAGAGAAAUUUGAAGGACUUGGCCGAAGUACCAGCUACUGUGCUUACCAGUCUGGAGGUCCUGUUUGCCAAGCGAAUGGAAGACGUGCUAGAGCAAGCAUUUGAAGGUGGUUGCCCAUGGAGACGACACUCAAAAAUAUGACGAGAACCCAAACAUGUGCAUACCCUAGGAAUUUAUCACAAAAGGCUUUGUUUUACUUGUGACCGCAUACUGCUGUAUCCGGAUUGAAUACUUGUGGGCCAUCGGUCUGAGACGGGAAAAAGUUGUUAGAGCUGAUUUGAUCAUAUUCGGACUAUGAAGCUUAAGAGGGUUUAGUCCAUUUCAGAAGCAUCAAAUGGAUAUUGGUGGUAUCUAUUGUUCCCUGCAGGCAUUCAAGAAAGUGUAUUAUUCUCUUCUGGCUGACAUACAUAGAGCAAACCCUCGGCAUGCCCUUCGUUGUUUCUCUUGUUUUUGUUUGUAUAAUUACACUCUUACUGUGUAUAUAUUCUCUCAGUUAUAGGACAAUUGCGAGGAUAUGUCUAUUGUCUGGAAAUCAAGUUUGAAUAAAAUUUUCAGGAACUACAACUCAAAUU